GACUAGUCUAGGCCACGUGGUAUAUAAAACCAGCCCACCGUUCCCCCGCCGCCGCCUUGCAGAAACCCUAGACACCGCUCGAGCCGUUCGCCGCCGCGCCGCUCGUCUUCUCGGGCUCUCUCCCUCCCGGAUCCAGGAUGAAGUUUGUUGCUGCCUAUCUGCUUGCUGUCCUCGCUGGCAACCCCAGCCCCUCUGCUGAGGAUCUAUCGUCCAUUCUGGAAUCAGUUGGCUGUGAAAUUGACAAUGAAAAGAUGGAGCUGCUGCUGUCCCAACUGAGCGGCAAAGACAUUACCGAGCUCAUUGCUGCUGGCAGGGAGAAGUUUGCUUCAGUCCCAUGCGGUGGUGGUGGUGUGGCUGUGGCAGCAGCUGCCCCUGCUGCUGGUGGAGCUGCUCCUGCAGCUGAGGCCAAGAAAGAAGAGAAGGUGGAGGAGAAGGAAGAGAGUGAUGAUGAUAUGGGCUUCAGCCUCUUCGACUAAGCUGUGCGGUCACCAGAGUUGUGUCUUUUCGGCAGGAAAACCAGAGUCGUCAUGUUUGGAGUUUAACCUUGUUUUAUGUUGCAAAGCACCCGAAAAGACUGCUACAGUCUGGAUAUGUAGUGAUUCAGCCAUAGGUUGCUACACUGGUUGUUGGUGUUUACUGGUGAACCAGAGUUUAUGCAUCAUAUAUUAAGAAUCAGUUACCUAGUUCGUUGA